UUUCCAGUAUAUUGGAGGUUACAUUUGAAUUUCGAAUACAUUUUGAAAUUUAAAUUUCAAAAAUGAAUUUCGCUAUGAUUUUGUUCUUUGUGUUCGCUUGCGUUUUGGCUUUGACAGCAGUACAAGGCGCUCCCAGUCCAAAAUGGAAGGUGUUCAAAAAACUUGAAAAAGUAGGCAGAAACGUCCGUGAUGGCGUUAUCAAAGCGGGCCCAGCUGUGGCCGUGGUGGGACAGGCAGCGGCCAUUGGAAACUUCUCCCACUACAGACACGGCCGGUCCAGCCUUGAUGACUCCAUCCCGAAUGUUUCUGCCGACUUUUUCCUGAAAAAUUUAAAAAAAGAGGGUGCUGGUCAAAGGGUGCGUGACUCCAUCAUCAGCGCCGGCCCAGCUGUGGCUACCGUAGCCCAAGCCCAGAGUGUCUUACAAGGAGGCGAUAGGGGAUAGUCCAAAUAAUAUUAAUUAAAACAUUAUCAAGACCAAAACAUACUAAUCCACUUUUGUAUAAUCUUGUUCUUUCUUCAUUCAUUCUCUCCACUUUGGAGAAGAGUCCAGGGUAAGCUGUUGACCAUGGAUCCUGAACUGGGUGAGUUAGGUUUUUACACGAAGCUACUUCCCCAUCUGUUCUCAGCCACGUUUGCAAAUAAACCUAACCCUUAUUGGAUCUAUCAUGGUUACAAAACAAGUUGUCUUAAUGUAAAGGUUUCCUCAUGAUGUAAACCGUAAAAGCGCGCAUAAGAAAACGCUACACUUAUUGGAUUAUUAAUCAAGAUUAGUCUUAAAGUAAUAGUUCAUUAUUUAUAUAAAAAAAAGUAAAUUUUAAUGUAUUUAAAAAUUCAUACUCAGUUAAGUUUAAACAAUGUUUAACACAUUCAGUGUAAUUAUGCUAUAUAAAGAAGUAAUUCUUCUGACUUACAGGUUAAUUAAAUAAAUUGUUUAUUUUA